UUUCAGUAAACAUCCGGGUUAGCAGAUAAGCUAACGUGUUAGCUUAGUAUCCGGCAGAGAUUCAGCUAAUGAUGUUAACUGGGAGCUGAUUGUGCUAAGUUAAUUAUGCUAACUAGGACCUUAUGAUGACAUCUCUUCUGAGUUCACUCUCUUAGAGCCGAGUCUUCAAUGGUGUGGUUUUUAACAGAGACCUGGUCUGAUGUCGUCUCAUGUGGGUGAUCAGGUGUGUUGGAACAGCAGCAGGAUGUCCAUCCCUCCCCCUCCUCCUCCACCCCCCACCACCUUCAGCCAGGCCAACAUCACCACCCCCAAGCUGAGCAGAGAGGAGGCUACAGGUCGCGGCGCUCUGCUGACCGACAUCUGUCAAGGCACCAGGCUGCAGAAGGUGGCGGUGGUGAACGACCGCAGCUCUCCGCUGCUCGACAAGCCAAAAGGAGGCGGAGCAGCAACAGCGGGAGCCAAUGGCAGUGCAGCAGGAAGCCUGUCAGGUUCUGUUCCACCAACAGGAGGGCUGUUCCGGGGGGGGGUCCCCAAACUGAGACCGGUCGGAGACGGUUCUUCAGGACGUUCUCCUUCCACUCGAGCUGCAGCACCCCGCCCCCCCAGCCAUCGCCAAGACGAGACAGAGAGCCCCUCACCUCAGACGCUGUCUCCCACGGAGACAAGUCCCUCCCAGCGCCCCUCCCUGCCCAACCUGUCCUCCCCCACCACACUCUCCUCUGCAGCUUUCUCCCCCUCCACCAGCAUGAAGCACUCUUCCUCCGCCCCCCCACCUCCGCCUCUCUGUCGCCGCGGUAACGCCCCUUUACCUCCUUCCUCCUCCUCUUGUUACAACAGAGAGAAGCCCCUCCCCCCGACCCCUAACAAUACCCCACCGCUCCCCUCCAAACUUCCCCCGUCUCCUAGCAACAGCAGACGUCCUCCCGCCUCUGGGGGUAACCCCGCCUCUUCCCUGGCCCCGCCCCCUCAACUGUAUCGGAUCACUAACGGUCAGACAGGCGGCGGCGGGGCGGCGCCCGAGCUUCCGCAGCGUCACAACUCCCUCAGCAACAAGAGGGCCGCCCUCUCCACUGGAGGCCACACCCCCACCAGAGGCCCCGCCCCUCCUCUACCCCCGGCCUCCCCCACCCACUCCCAACAGGGCGCCAACAGGCUGCCGCCCCCCUUUAGAGAGACGCCAGGUAGAGGAGCAGCUCCCCCUGUUCCUGUCCAGCCAUCGUUGUUGAGACCAGGUGGCAGAGAAGCUCCGCCUCUGCCUCCUUACAAGACUCAUGGUAGCCCCUCCCUCUCCUCUGACCCCCCCGCUAGAGGAAGACCUCCUCCUCCGCCCACCCGCACCCCCGCUGCUCCUCCCCCACCUCCCCCUGCUCUCCGCAAUGGACAUUCCCCCUCCUCCUUCUCCGUCCCUCCAUCGUUUGUCGAUGAUUUUGAGUCCAAGUAUUCGUUUCAUCGUCUGGACGACUUUCCUCCUCCAGAGGAGCAGCGACACUUUACCAAGAUCUACCCCAGCAAGGCCAGCAGAGUGAUGAGAGGAGCUCCUCCACUGCCUCCUGUUGGGAGGUGAACCAUGAGACGACAUUACAACUGGAACACACACACACAUGAACACACAGAUGAAGAGGAGCAGUGAGGAGGAGCUGGAUUGAUGAAGAGUUGUGAUUUAAUCAGAAAUCUUCGUAAAGUUUCGGGAUACAAAUAAAAUAUUUUACAUAAAAUAAUUUAACAACAUUUUAGCUGUGAAGAAGUUUACAUUAGAUUUCUAAAUCUACAUUUAACGAACGUUGUUGUUGUCAUUUUGUUUGAUCGACGUCAUCAAUAAAAAGUGAUGAAAUAUUA